AAGAAAUUUAAGAUACAAGCCCUAAAAAGUAGAGUAUUUAAUAUUUAUAUUAGUAAGUUAUUAUUUGUAAGUUGACGAUAUUAUUGUUAAACGGCGUGUGUUCAGUUUAGUUUUCUAUAUGAUUUAAUAUGAGGGAUUUUUAUCUUCUGACUAAUGUAAGUUAUUUAAUAAUUCACAUUUUAUAAUUAUUACUUAUUUUAAUAUACUGUUGUAAUCCAAAUUUAAUUUAUUAUAAACCAUCUUUUUUCGAGUUGGUAUUAUAUCAUUGUUGUUUUUAAAAAUAAAACAGUACUUUUGAUUUUAAAUUACUAAAUCUUUAAAAUAUGUACUUCUAACUUAUAUUAAAAAAUUAUAGGUACAUACCUAUUGGUGUAAUUUAUAUUUAAUGCAACCGUUUUAAAAUUAUUUUAUAAUUAUGUGUUAUUAGGUAUCAUUGGAACCCUUGAACUUUGUUGAUUUGUUUUAUGGAAAAAGAUGAUAGGACCUGAAAAAUGGCAAGAUGUACAAUUACAUGUCCGUGUUGUUUGCGUUUCAAGUUCAGCGCAGAUGAAAUGGAACAACGGUAUAGAAGUAAAGAAAUUGACAAACUAAUAGACAAAGAUAAACACUUGUUGCGUCGUCAAGUAAAAUUAUUAUUAUUGGGAGCCGGUGAGAGUGGAAAAUCAACAUUUCUUAAACAAAUGCGCAUUAUACACGGUAUUCAUUUUGAACCUGAACUUGUCAUUGAAUAUCAGCACAUAAUUUAUCAAAAUAUAUUAAGAGGUAAUACGAAUAAACAAAAUAUGUUUAAUAAAAAAAGUUUAAAUAAAAUUAUUUUAUUAAAAAAAGGUAUGAAAGUAUUAGCAGACGCUAGGCAAAAGUUAGAUAUACCAUGGGAAAAUCCUGAUAAUAAUGAACGUGCUGAAUUCAUUUUGAAUUUUGAUAAUCGUUCUACGUUAGAUACACGAUUAUUCCUGGCAUAUGCUCCAUCAAUGUACUGUUUAUGGAAAGACUCUGCUAUUAAAAGAGCAUUCGAACGAAGGAGAGAGUUUCAACUUAGUGACUCUGUUCAAUAUUUUCUUGAUAACAUUGAAAAUAUAGCUAGAAAUGUAAGUUGAUUUAAAAAAAAUAAAACUUUGUGCAUUAUAUCACAUUUCUUAAUUUAAUAAGAAUAUUUUAUACAUAGAAAUAAUAUAUAUGUUUGUUUAAGGAUUAUUUACCAACCAAUAAAGAUAUUUUACAUGCUAGAAGAGCAACCAAGGGCAUUUAUGAAUUUACAAUUCCAAUAAACAAUAUUCCAUUUCGAUUUGUUGAUGUUGGUGGGCAAAGAUCCCAGCGGCAGAAAUGGUUUCAGUGUUUUGAUUCUGUCACAUCAAUAUUAUUUUUAGUAUCUUCUUCUGAAUUUGAUCAAGUACUUGUUGAAGACAGGUAUGUUAUUUAAUAACUAAAAACAAGUAUUAGAUAUUUACGCAUUUUUAAAAAUAUUUUUUUUUUCAAAGUACAACUUACUUUUGGCAAAUUGUAAGAAUAUGUCAUUUUAAACUUAGUGGAUAUAUUUGACUCAUAAUAGGGUUAUUCGUUAAUAGUAAUGAUACAUUUUUUUUUUGUAUAUCGUUCUUUUAUUUCUUUGUAUUGGGUUAUCUGACCGCUAGGACCAUCCUGUCUCAUAACCAAUUCUUCAGCUGAUUUAAUUCAUUGCCAAAGUCCUUCCAACUUACUCCGCCUCCUAAUUCUUUUACAUUCCUCUUAACUGUAUCUUCCCAUCUUAAUUUUAAUCUUCCCGAGAGCCUUUUUUCUACCAGAUUCUGUUCCAACACCAUUCUUACUAGAGAGUUCUGGCUCAUUGCAUGUCCUACCCAACACAGGCUUCCUUUCUUCUUAAUCAGCUCUACUAUAUUAUUUUCAUUAAACAUUUCUUGCAGCUCUCUUUUUCCUUUUUCUCCACUCUCCUGUGGUGUCAUCUUUUAUUGGUCCAAAGAUCUUCCGUAAUAUUUUUCUUUUUAGUAUUAAGAAUUUAUUUUCAUCUAAUUUCCUUAAUAUAUUUUUUUGUGUAUUACCUGAUUACCUGAUACAACUAUAUUCAAAACAUGCAAUUUGAAGAAAUUUUAAAUAGUUGAACACAUAUAGUUCUCUAAAUAAAUAAAUUGUGAUAUUUUACAUACUCAUAUUUCUCUUAAAAAUUAAAACUUAAAAAAAAAAAAUAGCGCCAAUGUUGUACACAGUGGCAUAAUUAUCCAUUUAUUAUGAAAAUCCCUAGGACCACUUAAGAGUACUGCCCCAGAAAAAUUUCCUAUCAGAAAAGUUGCUACACUUGAUAAUUGAAGAAAAACUUUUAGUAGAAAAGUUGUUCACAGAAAAAAUUAUAAAUAAACAUUGUUGUAAAACCAAUAUUGAAUAUUAACCAUAUUUAAACCUGGAAGGGAUUCAGGGUUUUAAUUAUGAUAGAUAAAUUAUUUUGCCCCUCUAGAUUUUUAUCCAGUUAUGCCACUGGUUGCACAGAUUAAUAUUUUCCCUGCUGAACCUAAAUUUGCUAUUUCAUUAGUUUGUAAGGACUAACAAAAUUUAGUUUUAGCUUUAAAUUUAAAUUUAAUUAGAAUAAUUUUUCAAAAUAUGUUAAAUAAAACAAAAAAAACUCAUUGUAAAUUCAACACACAUUGAGUACGUUCAAAAUCAAAAAGUAAUAAUUGAUACUAUAACUUUCUUUUUUUUUUUUCAAUAUUUUGCCAUAGUCAUUAAUUUUUAAUUUUAAAAUAUUACUUUUAUCAACUAAUUUACCUAUUUUAAAUUAACAAUAUUUUUUUAAUUUGUUAGUCAAGACUAUUAUAUGCAACACUAUGAAAAAGGAAUAUUUAAUUAUUAUGUUAUGCUGAAUUAAAUUAUGUAUUUGCAAUACAGUAUAUAACAAAAAUAAAAUGUAUAAUUAAUAUAUAAAUAUAUUAUACUUAACAGUUUACAAUUCAAUAAUUCUACUAAUAUGUAAUUGAUGCUAGUACAAAUUAGUAUAAACUAAAAUAAACUAGUAUAAAUAUAUAAUAUUAAGUAGGUGUACUAAAUAUUGUUUGUUAUAUUGUAUUUAUAAACUAUUAGUUUUAAUACUAAUAAUUUAUUAUAUUAUAAAAUAAUAUGUUGACAAUACAUAUUAUAAACUAAUCAAUUUGAUAUUAAAUUUGGAUUUAAACAUUAUUUAUUUUUAGAAAAACAAACAGAUUAGAAGAAUCAAAGGACAUAUUUGAUUCUAUUGUAAAUAAUGUAAUUUUUCGACGAGUUUCCAUAAUUCUUUUUAUGAACAAAACCGACUUAUUGGCUGAUAAAUUAAAAAGAAGAGAAACAAAUAUUAAGCAUUAUUUCCCAAAUUUCGCAGGUAAUAUGUUUUAAGUAUUUCAAACAACAAAAAGUUUAAAGUGUAUGAUAUUUAUGCCAACUUAAUUAUUAAUGUUAAUUUAUAAUUUCAAGCUUACCUAAUAUUAUUUGUUGUAAACUUAGUGAGUUUCAUUUAAUUAUAUACAUUUCUGAAAUAUACUUAUGUAUAAAACAGUAUAUUUUAUUUACAUGUUACAGGUGAUCCUCAUAGUUUACCUGAUGUACAAGCAUUUUUAUUGGAUUUCUUUCGUCAAGCAAAACGGGAUCCCAGAAAAUCUUUGUUUCAUCAUUUUACUACUGCCGUGGACACAGAAAACAUUAAAGUUGUAUUUAAUGCUGUAAAAGACACACUUUUACAUAGAAAUUUAGAAUCUUUAAUGCUUCAGUAACUUUUAAAUUUUUAUACAGAUAAUUGUUAAAUGUUCAUAUAAUUAUGUUUGUUGUGAACAAAACUAUGUUUUUUCUUUUGGUAAUGUAUUUUUGAAAGACAUCUUUCAAUGCAUCUCAUAAAUUUACAGUAAUCUUCCUCGACCAAGAUUCAUCAUACUAUUUUCUUAUCCUACAUCUUAAAUCAAAUUUAGGAGUUAGUAACUAACUAUUUAAUUUAAGAUAUGCUAGAUAUCCAAAAAAUAAAAUAAAAACCAAUUAAUUAUGCCAUUAUCAUUGUAAGAUAAAAAUAUUAUAUCUACAUUUUUUUAUUCUCAAUUUGUACCCACAUUUAUUCUUAAAUAAAGAUAUCGUUAAUGAAAUAUAUAAUCUUUAUUAUUGUUUACAUAUUAAAUAAAUCAUUUAAAUAUGCAUUUGUUUCCAAACUAUAUAUAAUAUUACUGCUUAUUUUUAAGCAAACAUUUUUUAAUUUAUAUUUAUAUUUUUGUACAAAAUUAUUGAUAUAUAUAUAUAUAUACAACUUUUUUUUUUGUUUUAUUAGAUUACAUACUAUUUUCAUAUGUAAUAUUAAUUAGUUACUUAGAAUUUAUAAUUAAAUGUAAACAGACAAUGAAAUUUUGGCCUAUGUACAAUUUUAUAUAGAUAUGAAUUUAUUUAGUAUAACUUUAUUUCUGCUAAAUUUUAAUUUGUACCUAUUGAAAAAAAUCUAAAAAAUAUAUUGAUUGAUGUUUAAAAUGUUUUAAUUCAAUUUUUUAACAAGACUUAUGAUUUUUUUUUCUACAAUUUGUUUUCUUUUUUUAAUAUAUUAUUUUACUGUUUAAGAAAGAUCAAUAAUGUUUAAGAUUUUUAAAACAAAAUAUAUUAUGAUAUUGUUAUUAAAAUAGUAUUUUUAUUUGAAUGUGUAAGUGCAAUGAUAAAUUAAAAUAACAAAUAAUAAUUUCGGAAAAUACUGGUAACAGUUAUAAAAAUUACAAUUCACAUUUUACUAUGCUAUUUUCACAAUUUUAGCAUGUCUAAUUCAAUAUCGGUGAAUAGUAUAGCUCAUAAAUUUUGGUAAUGUAUCACACGUUUUGCAUUUUAAAAAGUCAAUAAAACCAACAAAAAAAAAAAAAAAAAAUAGGAAUUCUUAUUAAUUUAAUAAUAAUUAAACAAUAAUUAUCUUCUAUCACAUUUCUGUAUACAUAAUGGAUCAUCUGGAAUGUCUUCUGACGCAAUCCAAUUAUUAUGUUCACCAGUUACAACAACAAAUAGCUGAUUGUCAUUUAUAUGAAGUUGAUUUCUAAAAUAAUUGUACAAGUCAUCUUCCUGUAAUAAAAAUAUUAUACUUAUAUUGAAACAAUAAGGAAUUAUAAUACACAGUCAAAACAAGUAACAUACGUUUCCAAUCCGAGAAGGAUUAGGUAAUUUUGAAUCUAGAUUGUAAUAGACUCCAUUUAUAUUUUUGAUAGAUAUCCAAUGUCUUCGUUUCAGUGGCAACCAUAAAAACCCUAAACGACAUUCACUUAGUAUGUUCAUUACAAAACCAUAUAUUUGAUCCAACUUCAACAUUUUCGGAUCCCUAU